AUGCGCGAUGAGCUACGACUACCAGUACGUACAGCUACCGCAGAUCACAAAUUAACCGCUAUGGCUUUGUUCAAGGUCGACGGGUGGAGCAUAGAUUCCAAGGAAAUUGCAUAUGACAAGGCUAACAAGAAUGAUAAGCAAAAGGCAAAGAAGAAUAAGUCUAAGAACAAAGAGAAAAGAGUGCCCGAGAAGCCACAACUUAAGCUAGAGGAGGCGCCAACAGAUACACAGGACCGCUCCCCCGAGCAGCGUGACGCACCUAAGAUUGAGAAGCCAAAACCUGCUAAGAGAAAGCACGAAGAAGAGGCGAAUAAUAGCGCCGCCGAUCAGACUAAGAUGGUGGAGGCGCCGGUGAGCAAAAAACCCCUCACGGCGCUGCAAAAGAAGAUGAUGGCUAAAUUGUCUGGCUCCAGGUUUCGCUGGAUCAAUGAAAGAUUAUACACUAUUUCUUCAGAGGAUGCAUACAAGCUGAUCCAAGAACAACCUCAGCUUUUUGACGAGUAUCACGAGGGUUUCCGUUCGCAAGUGCAGGCCUGGCCCGAGAAUCCGGUUGAUCUUCUCGUGCAGCAGAUCCGUGCCAGAGCAAAGAAGCCUGUUAACGCGCCCGGGGGCCUUCCCGGUCUUAAGAAUAAGAAGAUCGUGAUAGCAGACAUGGGCUGCGGCGAGGCACAAUUGGCGCUAGACGUGAACACUUUUUUCCAGCGGGAGAAUAAACGCUCCAAGUUCAAGAAGGACUGCGAAGUGCAUAGUUUCGACCUGAAGAAGGCCAACGAAAGAAUCACUGUCGCGGAUAUUAGACACGUGCCGCUUCCAGAAAACUCCUGUACUAUUGUGAUAUUUUGUCUAGCAUUGAUGGGGACGAAUUUCCUAGAUUUCAUUAAGGAAGCUUAUAGGAUACUGGCUCCUCGUGGCGAACUUUGGAUUGCAGAGAUCAAAUCUAGGUUCUCCGACGGCAACGGUGACGAGUUCGUGAACGCGCUCAAGCUCUGUGGCUUUUUCCAUAAACACACAGACAACAGCAAUAAAAUGUUCACGAAGUUUGAGUUCUUCAAGCCUCCAAAGGAGAUCCUAGAAGAACGCAAAGCCAAGCUCGAGCGUAAGCAGAAGUUCAUCGAAGUGGAAACAGAGAAGGAAGCUCUAGAGUCUAAGCGGUCGGAAAAUCCAGAAGGAAACUGGCUACUAAAGCCAUGUAUAUAUAAACGGAGGUGA